AUGGACAUCCGCCUCCUCACCACCGCCGACCUCCCCCUCAUCCAGCACGCCAACCUGGAGAACCUGCCCGAGAACUACUUCCUCAAGUACUACCUGUACCACGCGCUCUCGUGGCCGCAGCUGAGCUUCGUGGCGGUGGACGUGUCGCGGCCGCGCAAGGGGCCCUACGACUACCCCAAGAUCGUGGGCUACGUGCUGGCCAAGAUGGAGGAGGAGCCGACGGACGGGGUGCAGCACGGGCACAUUACGAGCUUGAGCGUCAUGCGGACGCAUCGGCGGCUGGGGAUUGCGGAGAAGCUGAUGAGGCAGAGCCAACUCGCCAUGGUGGAAACGUUCCAGGCGAAAUACGUCUCCCUGCACGUCCGCGUGUCCAACGUCGCCGCGCGGCACCUCUACGAAGACACGCUGCGCUUCCGCAACGAGAAGACGGAGAGCAAGUACUACGCCGACGGGGAGGACGCGUACAGCAUGCGCCUGGACCUCGACGACGUGGCGGAGCUGGCGAAGCGGUAUGCCGACGAGGAGGAGGAGGAGGACGAGAGCGACGGCGUGGACGAGGGCGACGCGGUGGGCGAGGUGGGGAGGGAUCCGGAGGCGGAUGCCGCUGCUGGCAAGGACAAGGAGAGGAAGAUUCGGGUUGCGGUCGGGAGGGGGUUGGGGGUUGGGGAUCUGGUGGAGAAGGUUGAGGCGAAGCAGUAGAUGGGGA